CCAUAUAGUGAAUUGCAGCUUCUCGCAAGAUUAACAUUCACCGUCACAAAGAAUGCAUUUGAUUUUUUUUCUUUUUAUUUGCCACAUGGCUUGGUUCUUCACUUCUUUUCGCAUUUCUUACAUGGUCACGACUGCUUUAUUGCCCAGAACACUCACAUGGUUCUUUCUAAUUCUACCUGAAAACGCUCAUGAAUACUUUUGUAACACAAUUUUGCAGUACGAAGAUCUAAGACAACUAUGUGUGGAUCCUAGAGCGAGGGCUGCUGUCCUUGCUGAUAUGGAUGCUGUCGGAAAGCAAGCUCAGCUGAGGGGAUUUGAAUUCGCAAAAGCGGUUACAUUAGUAUUAGAACCAUUCACCAUGGAGAACGGCCUUCUCACCCCAACAUUUAAGAUCAAGAGACCUCAAGCAAAAGCCUACUAUGCGAAGGCAAUAGCAGAUAUGUACGCAGAACUAUCCGCGUCUGAGCCCUCGUCACUAUAACAUGUAUCUGUAUCAUCAAAGAGACCCUGAAGAAGGAAAUAAUAAAAGCCUGGUCUUCUGGUUGAAGGUUCAUUAGCUCAUUCUUUGUUCUGGCGCAUAUGCAGAACCGGGAGCCUAUAUACCCGUUAUUUACAGGAUAGAAUACAGCAAGUGUUGUGAUAUUUAAUAGGAGGAGGAUUUGAUAUCAUGUAUUGAGAACCAAAUAAAAAAAAAAGUUGCAGGUAAAUUAUGACGCUCCCCCUUUUCGUCCUGAGCACAAUCUUUGGUCAUCCACGUAGAGCAUUUGAAUCUAAGAUAUGUUGCAGUUACUGGA